AUGUUGAUGCACUUUCACUUUGGUCUUGGAGUCAAACCACAAGAAGUCAUCACAGGCAACGAGGCCGAAGAUACUGAUGAAGAAGAUGCCGAUGAAGAAGAUGCUGAUGAUGCUGAUAGUAUCAGGGACAGACUAACCCUCGAGGAACACUUCAAUUCCAGCGACGAGUCGUUGUUGUCUCAAUUUGGCCAAAUGUAUGAUACUGAACUAGAAGUAGAUUACAAGAAUUAA